AUGCAGAAGCCUCUCCUUCGAGAUGCAGGGAAGACCUCAGCUUGGCUCUCUCUCAACUCCUCGCCAGGCCUAGACCCUCGUGUGGCCCAGCUGCGCUAUGAGUUCAUGGAGGCUGAAAGACCCUUGGCGGCGCGCAACAUCAUCAUUGAGCUUGUGGAAGAGGCAGACCGAGAGGAGGCGAAGGCGCAGGAGUCCAAGCACAGCGCACGCAAGAAGCAUUGGCAGCAAGCGGCCAUGGCGGAGGACCGGAGCACCAAAGACGACCUGCACCGGGAACUCCAACCGUCUUGGCGAGACGGAGGCCCACCUGAUCCCAGCCUCUCCGGCCCACCGACCACGCCCUACCCCGUUGCCUUGAACUUCUUCAAGGAGGUCUUCGAGGAAUUUUCUGCCAGCCGAGCCAUGGAGAGGCCAGCCAGCUCCCAAGACGCAGAGGGCCAGGUGUUGUUACCUCCAGUGACGCCUCCCUCAUCGAGCUCCUCCCCGGUGAUCAAGCAGCUGCGGCCGUCCCCGAAGCGCGCCACCUCGGAGACGCAGCUGAGAGACCUCAUCCACAAGAUGAAGACGGUGCCGAACGGCAACCACGUGGACGAGGAGUUCGCGCGGAAGAGCCACGAGCUUCACCUCACCUAUCCCAAGUUGGAGGCCAGAUGGCGGCAAAAUGUCUACAAGGAGCAACUGCGAAUGCAGAAGAGCUUGACUCACAUGGCGACCGACUGCUUUGAUCGUUUGAUCAUCGAAGAAGAGGAGAAGUAUGAAGCCUCGAAGCUCCGUGAGGCCAUGCACCAGCUCUCCCAAGAGGACGAUCCAACCCGCGAGCAAAAGAAGACGCCAAGCUUUACGCCAUUGAGCACCACAGCACGCUCGAGCCAUGGCUUCUCAUCCACGAUGCGCUCUGCAUCCAGCUCUCGUGCAAGCCAUGCUGAUCGAGAGGAUGCAGCCAGAGACAAGACCCUUGGCACUUUGCGGGAAAAUGAGAUCAAGCGCAACGAGGCUCGGCUCGCGAGAUCCAAGGGCGUUUUUCCCCCUCCGCACCGAGUUCCGGUAGUAGUCCGGCCAGUUGCCACGGUCCAAUCAAUGUGGGUAGUCUAA